AAUAUAAGCAAAAAAAAUCAACAUAAAGCUGAUCUAGAAAGCGACAUGCUAACGAAACGACGCCGCACCGGAUUUUCAUAUAAACCAUAACCGCGUCGCGACCAAGAUUUUAAUUUUCCUUUUUCUUCACACUUGGCUUCGCACAAGCUCAGCUCCAACUCCUCUUCAAUGGCGUCUCUCUCUCAUCUUCUCUUUCUCUCUCUACUGCUUCGCUCCGCUCUGAUCAUCAAAUGCGACGACGAGGAAGACGAUCUUCUUCAAGGGAUCAACCAGUACCGGACGUCCCUAAACUUGACGUCUCUAACCAAGAGCGAGCGAGCAGAAUGCCUAGCGAGUGAAGUCGCGGAUCAGUUCAAGAACCAACCCUGCACCAACACCACGGGCGCCAACACCGUGCCCGGAACCGAGCCUCAGAUCUCCAGCUUCCCCAACCUCCUGACGAAGUGCCAUCUGAACGUCACCACCACGAGGGACGGGCAGAUACUGCCGGCUUGUGUUCCCAACCUCGACCCGGCCCUCGUUCUGUCCAACUUCACCAAGUCGCUCUACUCCGGGUAUCUCAACGACACCAAGUUCAGUGGCGUCGGGAUCGGCUCCGAGGACAACUGGAUCGUCGUCGUGCUGACUACGAGCACGCCCGAGGGUAACUACUCGCCCGGAAGUAGCCAGGGCAACGACGACGACAACGGGGCGGCCGGGCUCAGCCCCGUCGGCGCCGUGGUGCUUCUACUGGCUGGUUUGUUCAUGCUCAUGUCGAUGUAAAACUAGAUUGAAGAACAUACACACACCACCACGGCAUAUGUUGUAUCCUUUGUUUGAGCGAGACAUUCUUUUACCAUGUAGUUAACAAAUAUUCAAUCCAAUCAUAUGUUUAUUGGAAUUAUUGGCAUUGAUUAUGUAUCUUUUCUUCUUGAUAUAUCUGGAUUUCUAUUCA